AUGGCUGUUUCCUUUUCGCCUGAUGACAAUGCCUCAUUUUCACCAUUGCCCUCCCCUCAGUCACACCGACCGCCGACUUUCUCGUGCGAUCGAUCCUCGGAGCACAGCCCCAAUUUAGUGUUCACAGUUGAUCCUGUUACGCCUGUUACCAAUUCAACUCCAAAAAUAUCCGAAAUCAACAAACGAGCAGGAGAUGACACUUUGGUGCAGCGCCACACGAGCAGCAAUGUCGAUUACUUGUCACAUCACUGGGUAGAAGAAGAUAUAUGGUCAUCACGGCGCUAUCUUGUGUCGAAUCGAGGCGAAUGCUCCAAUGCACAGAGGCUGGAGAAUGCAUCUUGGAGGGCUUGGACAAAGACAAAAUACAACCUCAAAACGGUUUCGCCGGAAACUAUUAAGUGGCUGAGAGACUGUGACGUAACUUGGUUGUAUGGUCCACUACAGCAGUGUCCAUCUACAUCGUUAUCAAGAAGCAUGGGACGGACAAACUCCACUUUGCCCAUGCAUAACGUGUCCAUCGUUAACAAGUCCAACCUAAGAAAAAGGAGCAUAGCAGAGUCCUUGCGUCAAGACUCUCGUUCGUUGCCUUUCGUUCCCAAGCAGGCCAUGACAGAUACUCAACCACAACCUCCAGAUGGAAGAGGUCGUGUAACAAGGCUUAUUGUGCAAACACAAAUGGCCCGGGAGCGGGCGUUAGGCACGCCUUCAAAAUCGACUUCGGAUAUUGAAACCCACAUAACGAAAGUCAAAUAUGUUCACUUUGAUGAACGUGUUAAGCAGUGCAUCGCGAUGGAUUCCAAUGUAGGAGUGGACAAGGAGGAGCGGGAACACGAACAUAGGAAUUAUAUCGAUGAUAGUGAUUCGGGAGAAAAAGCUGUCUUGAUGAAAAUCAUGAGAUCAAGGAGAAAAAGGAGAAAAUCAGUGAGAGCAGGGCCAAAACCAAAAUCGGAGACAUAUGUCGCGAAAAAGACUAUUGUGGUACUACCGUCUACGACCCUGAAAUAUGAUGGAGACACGCCACACCCAUCUUACACCGCUAUGGAGUAUGAUGCAGAUCAUUUCAUUCAUUCUAUCUUUUCCUCAUCGUCUCCGUUGAAGGUUUUGCGACGAUCAACACAAUCGCACUAUUCUCUCAUCCGGGAUGAUGAAAGUCCGCAUAUGGACGAGAGGGCGAGUUCUAUACCAAGGUCAGGCUCAGUACAGUUCUCAGUACCUUAUCCGUACGAAAUGCAGCAUCCAGUAUCAAGAACUAGCAUGAUGCAUGAGCCUGCAGCCAUACUUUUUAACGAGCCAGGCACUUCGACAUUGUAUCAAGACAGAAACCAGCCUGGUAACGGUAGCAUCAGAGGUUAUGUGAUUGAUACACUUAAUACCGCUUUAUAUGUCGCGGAUGUAAUAUUCAAUGUUGUAUGGCGUAGAUAA